AUUCUCCUUCCCCCGGCAGGGUUCAAAAAAAAAAAUUACAACAGUCAAGGGCAAGUAAAGAGAGGUGGAGACGAUUUCGUGACGAGGAGUGAUGACUACAAGGUAAGUGUGAGUGGUCCAGUAUGAACAAAUGAAUUAAUGCUACCAUGUGACUAUGUCUUUCAGAAUGGACGGUAAUGCAUAGAAAAAUCGACCGGAAAGAACCCGAAAUUAAAAGCUUACCAUAAAAGAAUAUUGAAACCUGCUUCAAUGCCUGAUGAUUGUUUCUCUGCAAUCUCUUCGUUCCUAUCCUCAAUGGCAAAGCUAAUUUCUCACAAGACCCUCCUCAGUACUUGUCUAAUGCUAAUGCUUUUGAUUAAUUCCUGCAAAUUCGGUGCUUCAUCGGAGGAGAUCACCGCUUUCUUCAUCUUCGGAGACUCCACAGUCGAUACCGGCAACAAUAAUUACACCAAUACCAUCGCUGAAAACAGUGCAAAUUACAAACCAUAUGGACAGCGCUUCUUCGGAGAGCCCACCGGCAGGUUUUCAGAUGGUCGCGUCAUCGUCGAUUUAAUCGCGGAGUAUGCAAAGUUACCGUUGAUCCCACCGUUUUUAGAAGCUUCUGCUGAUUUUACUAAUGGUGCUAAUUUUGCCUCUGGUGGGGCUGGAAUUCUGCCUGAAACAAAUAAGGGAACGGUGAUUGAUCUUCCGACACAACUGAAGAAUUAUGAGGCGGUUCAAAAAACAUUAGUGGAAAAGUUGGGCGAAAUAAGAGCGAAGGAGCUGAUAUCUGAAGCAGUUUAUUUCAUCAGCUUAGGAAUUAAGCAACGAUUAUAUGGGUGGUUAUCUGGGAAAUCCAAGAAUGCAGGAACUCUAUCUCCCUGCAACUUAUGUCUCCAUGGUCAUUGGUAACUUGACACAAACAAUCCAGGUAAUAUCUUUACAUCUCAAUAAAUUAAGUAUGCCUGAAACUUCUAUACAAGUGAUGCAGCUUAAUGUGUAGCAUUAUUUAAUUUCUAGUUUCAAUUUCAAGAAGUGUACUUCUGAACUGGACG